UCAAAAAAAAAAGAGUAAUCGGGAAGAAGCAAAGACUGCGAGACGAAAGGAAGCCGCCGGCCCUAACGUUCCAGUUCCUCGCCUCUCCAGUCUCCACCACACGGCCUUGCCACCAUGGCGGCGGCUCCAGUUUUCUCGUUGACGGCUGCGGCGGCGGCUGCGGCGGCGCUAGCCUUCGGCCCAGUGCCCACCAGAGCCCGCAGUCAGGUCCCCCCCCGCCGCCGCGGCACAGUCUCGCUGAGAUUCCACCGCACUCGCCCUCUCACCGCGGCCGCCGCCACGGGUGGCUCGCUGUCUUCCGCCGCGUUCCACGGAGAGUGCUUUGUCGUGGGGGAUAACAUCGACACCGACCAGAUCAUCCCAGCCGAGCACCUGACCCUGGUGCCAUCCAAGCCCGACGAGUACCGCAAGCUUGGCUCCUUCGCAUUCGCGGGCCUCCCGACGGCUGCCUACCCGACGCCAUUUAUAGCCCCCGGCGAGGAAUCGUCCCGAUACGCCGUCAUAUUGGGCGGGGCAAACUUCGGCUGCGGCUCCUCCCGCGAGCACGCACCCGUCGCGCUCGGAGCCGCUGGCGCGCGCGCCGUCGUGGCUGAGGGCUACGCCCGCAUCUUCUUCCGCAAUUCCGUGGCCACCGGGGAGGUGUACCCUCUGGAGCUCGCGGACACCGGUGCCAGUAAGGAGUGCAAGACCGGGGAUGUAGUCACGGUGGACCUCGACAACUCUGUAAUGAUUAACCACACCUCCGGCAAGCAGUACAAGUUGAAGCCUAUUGGUGAUGCCGGGCCGGUCAUUGAGGCCGGUGGGAUCUUUGCUUAUGCCCGGAAGACUGGAAUGAUUGCAUCAAAAUCUGCGUGAAGGAAAAGCAAACUUAUCUGCUGCCGGAAUAGUUGAGGCCUGUGCGCAGGUAACAGGUUGUGCUGCUAUUUCUGCGCUUGUAUAAGCAAUUGUUCGCAAAAAUAAGCUUGAGAGUACUGGACUUUGUUGUAUCAAAUGUUAGUCAUGUAAUACUCUUCUUUGUACCCAGUAUCUUGCUAUCUAUGUCUAAAAACUUUCAGUAACAUGUUAACAUCCUUGCUGUUUACAAAUCUAGCUUGCAUUAGUUGCA